CUCCCACACUUUAAAGAGAUCGAGGCCUUUGUCUUCAGAGGAGCCCAGCAGAGCACGGCACAGCUCUGAUCUACGACGGACAAAAAAAACAAUAAAGAGAGAUUUAUUGGAGCAAAAACUGUUUGGUGGGGGAAAACAAAAACUAGAAUAAGACAUCAGAAAAGGGCAUAAGGUCAACUGCCUGGGAAAAGAAAGCAGAGGAACUACAGGAGGUGAAGAACACACACUCAAUCGUUUUCCCUCAAAACUCCACUUCGACUUCAAGCGUCGGAAAUGGCCGCAGGGGACGAGAACAACGGACCCGUGGAAGCGGGGGAGAGGGCGGGCGGCGGGGACGCCCCCAUGCCGAGCAGUAAGGGGUCCCGCUCAGAGCUGCUGUGGGACAUCCCCAUGUCGGUGUCGCUGCCCAUCGAGGUGCAGAGGGACCUGGACGCGGCCCACCAGCCCUUCCCCUUCCUGGACACCACGCUGGCUGACCUGGGCAUCCAGGAGUCGGAGGUGAAGGAGCGGGUGGUGUGGGUGGACACCAAGAAGACGCAGGUGAAGAACAAGGCGGGGAAACUGAAGGAGAAGGAGAUCACUGUGCUGGAGGUGCGGGUCAAGGCCCAGAAGCCGGGGGAGAAGCAGCUGCAGGAGGUCCUGUACAGCACCGAGGCCCACACCGACCGCUCCUUCUGCCGCACCGGCGUGGACAUCCUGCCCUGGAAGAACCGACAAACGGGGCCGGACUCUGGAGGUGAGAACAGCCUUGCACCAGUUGAGAUGACCCUGGCUUUGGACUUGAACAAACAGCCCAGAAGUGAGGCCUCACAGUAACCGAGGGACAUCUGAACGCAAGAAACUCAGACGACUGGAGUGGCUGAGAGAAGUCACAGCAAUCUGCUGAUUAACUGAACGACCGAGAAAAUUAAUGUUAUCUAAUUUUGAUAAUCUAUCAAUCGUUUUAGUCAUUUAUCUAGGAGAAAUAACAAACAUUUGCUGCUUAUUGUUUGGUUAAUUAUAAAAUGAAGAGUUUAGGUUUACUGCUUUGUCAGAUACAUCAAGGAUAUUUGAGAUUGGGAUUUGAUCAUUUAAGACAAAAUGGUUAAUCACUUAAUCUAAAUGGUUAUCGUUGGAUUAAACUACACCGAAAAUAAGUAAUUUUAAGCCCCACAAUCUAGUUUCGAUUUGAGGAAAUCAAAGCGUGUUUGGCUGAACCCAAUAUCCUAAUGAGGUCCUUUAAUAUGUUAAAAAAAAAGUGUUAAAUAAUAUGUUGUAGAGUCUAGCAUCGUUUGGUUUUGGCAGUGUAGCUCGUCCAUGCUAGUAUAUAAUAAUAAUUUGUUUGAAAGAAAUGUCCCCGGCUGUUAAAAUGUUAAAUGUGUAUAAUUCAGCUUUUGAAACAGAGCUGUAGAAUGUAAUGUUAAUAAAGUUUGACUCAUGAAACGUA